UUUUUUUGUAGUAGGAAAUGGAGCCUAGAAGAAUCCUCACACAGACCCUAUUUGUGUUCUUUCUUACCACCGGACUAAAUGAAGGAAAGCAUGGUGCAAAGUUGUAUUCAGGUGAGUGUUUUUAUUCAGUAAGUAUGGGUGUUGUUAAAGGUGGUCUUAUUUUGGUGUCCAACAGAGAAUGUAUAGGACUGCGUAUGUUAUGCAUUUAUAGUAGUACUGCAAAUUCAAUCCAUGUGACUGAAUCACAGUCAUAAACAAUUCCUACACGAACUGCUGUAUAUACUGUGGCUUCACUUUACCAACUGUAACCAAAAUGAGUUUCUAAUUCUUUACAUAUUAAAUUAUUUUUUUCAAAGCAGCAUGAAAUUAUCUCAGUUAACUUUUCUAUAUUUACUGUACCACCCUAUCCAUGUUUUAAGCAACUGCCAUAUCCAAAGUACAAUGAAAUGUGUAGAUUUUACAAAAAAUAUAAUUUGAAAGAAAAUUUGCAAACUAUCUUUUGUUAUCAGUUAUGACUCAUGUCUUCUAAUUUACUUAAUGGUCAUCUUUGUGAUAGGCAUGUUAUUUACAGUUAGUCUUGCUAACACCAGACCCCUUGACUUUUUCCACAUUUUGUUACGUUACAGCCUUAUUCCAGUGGUGUAAAGUACUUAAGUAAAAAUACUUUACAGUACUACUUAAUUAGUUUUUUUGGGUAUCUGUACUUUGCUUUACUAUUUAUAUUUUUGGCAACUUUCCCUUUUACUUCACUACAUUCCUAAAGAAAAUAACGUACUUUCUAUUCUAUACAUUUUCCCUGACACCCAAAAGUACUCGUUACAUUUUGACAGGAAAAUGGUCCAAUUCACAAUCUUAUCAAGAGAACAUCUCUGGUCAUCCCUAAUGCUUCGUUUGUAAAUGAUGUCUGAGUGUUGGAGUGUGCCCCUGGCUAUCCGUAAAUAACAAAAUACUUUUAGACUUUUACUCAAGUAGUAUUUUACUGGGUGACUUUCACUUUUACUUGAGUCAUCUUCUAUUAAGGUAUCUUUACUUUUACUCUAGUAUGACAAUUGAGUACUUUUUCCACCACUGCCUUAUUCUAAAAUUGAUUAAAUUGGGUUUUUUCCACAUAAAUCUACACACAAUACGCCAUAAUGACAAAGCAAAAACAGGUUUGUAGAGAUUUUGGCUAAUUUAUAAAAUACAAAUAAAAAAAUUACACAUUUACAUAAGUAUUCAGACCCUUUACUCAGUACUUUGUUGAAGCACCUUUGGCAGCGAUUACAGCAUCGAUUCUUCUUGGGUAUGACACUACAAGCUUGGCACACCUGUAUUUGGGGAGUUUCUCCCAUUCUUCUCUGCAGAUCUUCUGUUAGGUUGGAUGGGAAGCGUUGCCGCAUAGCUAUUUUCAGGUCUCUCCAGAGAUGUUCGAUCGGGUUCAAGUCCAGGCUCUGGCUGGGCCACUCAAGGACAUUCAGAGACUUGUCCUGAAGCCACUCCUGCGUUGUCUUGGCUGUGUGCAUAGGGUCGUCCUGUUGGAGUCUGAGGUCCUGAGCCUCGAUCCUGACUAGUCUCCCAGUCCCUGCCGCUGAAAAACAUCCCCACAGCAUGAUGCUGCCACCACCAUGCUUCACCGUAGGGAUGGUGCCAGGUUUCCUCCAGACGUGAUGCUUGGCAUUCAGGCCAAAGAGUUCAAUCUUGGUUUCAUCAGACCAGAGAAUCUUGUUUCUCAUGGUCUGAGAGUCUUUGGGUGCCUUUUGGCAAACUCCAAGCAGGCUGUCAUGUGCCUUUUACUGAGGAGUGGCUUCCGUCUGCCCACUCUACCAUAAAGGCCUGAUUGGUGGAGUGCUGCAGAGAUGGUUGUCCUUCUGGACGGUUCUCCCAUCUCCACAGAGGAACUAUAGAGCUCUGUCAGAGUGACCAUCAGGUUCUUGGUCACCUCCCUGACCAAGGCCCUUCUCACCAGAUUGCUCAGUUUGGCCGGGCGGCCAGCUCUAGGAAGAGUCUUGGGGGUUCCAAACUUCUUCCAUUUAAGAAUGAUGGAGGCCACUGUGUUCUUGGGGACAUUCAAUGCUGCAGACAUUUUUUGGUACCCUUCCCCAGAUCUGUGCCUCAAAACAAUCCUGUCUCAGAGCUCUACGGACAAUUCCUUCAUCCUCAUGGCUUGGUUUUUGCUCUGACAUGCACUGUCAACUGUGGGACCUUAUAUAGACAGGUGUGUGCCUUUCCAAAUCAUGUCCAAUCAAUUGAAUUUACCACAGGUGGACUACAAUCAAGUUGUAGAAACAUCUCAAGGAUGAUUAAUGGAAACAGGAUUCAUCUUAGCUCAAUUUCGAGUCUCAUUGCAAAGUGUCUGAAUACUUACGUAAAUAAGGUAUUUCUGGUUUUUAUUUGUAAUAAAAAUUUAUAAAAACCUGUUUUCGCUUUGUCAUUAUGGGGUAUUGUGUGUCGAUUGCUGAGGAUUUGUAUUUAUUUAAUCCAUUUUAGAAUAAGGCUGUAAUGUAACAAAAUGUUGAAAAAGUCAAGGGGUCUGAAUACUUUCCGAAGGCACUGUAUAUGUCCCUGACAUGAGAGUGAGUCACAGCUUGCUGUGUAGUCACGUGGGUCGCACGUCAGCCAGGUUAAUUUAUAGUGUCUUAAGCAGACCAAGCGUCAGGAUAAAGUGACUAAGGUUGGUGAGAUUGGCACAAUUUUGGAGGGGUACUUGCAUUGGAAUUACAUUGAAUUCUGCUUAUAUCACGCUAUACCACAAGAAACAUAAAGUUUAAAUGCUGAGACUCAGAGACCAUUGAUUGAGUGCUUUUGAAGUGACAGGUUGGCGCGAAAUCUGUAGCCUAUCUCCGCUGCGCUGUAUCAGCACAAUGUACAGCACACUACACACUAAAGCAAGGCCGUUUUCGUAAUGAAUAUAGGCUACAAGAUAGAUAGGGUAAUUCACCUGUUACAAACAGCCUAUGUGAAUGCAGCCAUACACACAGCUGUCUUACCAAAAUAAUGCAAACGAAAUACUGAAAGUAGUAGCCUAGUUAAUCAUGCAUGCAACAAAAAUAAUGAAUAGCAGUUUGACUUAGAAUAUUGGCACAACUGCGAAUGCGAAGGAAAUAAUGUGAACAGAACAAAACAGCGGUAGGGUAGGCCUAGUAAACAAAAUAUCAGAUCAAAAAAGGCAUGACUCAAUCUAUAUUUAGGCUAGUUACAUUAACAGUAAACAAACGCGGAAAAUGGAGAUCCAAAUAACCAAAACAUAGCCUACAGCCUACUACAGUGAGAUGCAGCCAUGCUUCCUGAGUAAUCGAUCAUUCCAUUCUCCCCGAAAUCUUCUUGUAAGAUCCCCCUCAAAUGCCAGUUGGAUUAGUUGAGCUUUCCUCGGGUGUAGGAUGCUUCUUCUGUGCUGGCUGAACACAUUUGUCAAAAUGGAAAAGUAGUUCUCGCGUGUAGCUGUGGACGCCCCAAAAGUCAGUCCAUGUGUCAGUAAGCACGGUCGGCAUAUCGGAGAGAGGCCCAGAGAAUUGUUGCACAAUAUCAAGUUGGGUCCAUUUGUCCUCACUGGAGAAGGGCGAUUUCAGUCUGCAGAAACUGGCAAGCGACACUAAACUCAGCUUCCACCAAAUCUGUUUUGCUUAGAUCCAGCAGUGGUUUCACCUUUUUCACAUCUAGAAAGUCAUGUCUCUCUGGGUCAAGGUCACACAGGGCUUCCACCAGUUGACUGUUGCGUUCGCUGAAUCGUCCUGACAUUGAAUUUUUUUCAGCUGGCUAAGAACCAAACCAAACUCUGUAGUGGUGAGUCGUGAUGCAGAGUUGAGUGAAACAGCUUCAACGGUAAACUUGACCCCGCCCUUAUAAAUCGUAAUAAAAUAUUACAGGUGGAGGCGUGUCACAUUAUUCACUUAGCCUACCACAGAUGAGAAGCGUUUUCCCCCCUUUUUAUGGAAAUCCAAAGGAGUCAUACCUAACCGCCCCAGUGGCUUUCCAUACCCCCCUACUCACACAGCUGCGCUCUGUCCAUUGUGCUGACACAGCGAAGCUGGGAUGCAGAUUUUGCACCAACCUGUCACUCAAUCAUUUAACCUUUUUUGCUAUUUUUAUAUAGGGACAUAAAACUAACACAGAGGGGGCACGUUUCAACUGAGGGGGUUAAGCUCCCCUUUGCCCCCUCGUGGAACCGGGCCCAGUCUUAAGCCUGUUUUAUCUUUAAGAUUCAGAUCAAGCUUUUUAAUAUUGUUAUGAAUCCAUUGUAUUUAGGACUGCCUGCAUUGAAAUUAGACCAGGCAAGUCUUACGGUCCAUAACCUGCUACCAACUGGCGUUGAUGUCCUCUACACCUCUGAUUCCUGCUACAAGGUACAGUGUCUAUUACUGCUACAAGGUUUAAAAGGUCAACGAAAGAUUCAGAGAGGUAAUACGAUAUUUAUGUAAAAAUGUAAAAAGACAGUUUCAUAUUUGAGCUCCUUUCACAGGUGCAACAAUGCUCAGUAAAUCUGGUCCUGGGUGCACAUGACACGACAUAGCAUAUCAUGCUUCCAUAUUUGUAUGAAACAAAGAAAGCUAUACAGUGUGUUUGAUGGCGACAUCAUGCCCAAACGUCACAAACCUGUGUCUUUUUAGAAUCUGCUUAGCCUGUUUUCUCCCCCAUGCAGUGUCUGUACCAGCCCCUGGUCAGUGUUCUAAAUGGUCCCCAGAAUGCAUCUGUCGUGGUCAGCACCGUCCUCACUCUGACACUGCAGUUACAACCAAUGGGCAGAAACACAACUCUCUGCAGGUAACGUAUUCAUAGAUAUUGAGCACAUAAUUAGGCAUACGACUGGCAUAGCAUCUACAAAGGCAAUACAUAACAAUUGCCAUAGAUAGUGUUGCCAUCAAUGGGCAACAUACAUGACUUAAACAUGAUAUUUGUAGGUACAUUUUGUAGGUAAAUCACUACACAAUCUAGUUCCUUGUUUUCGAUAAUUACAGUCUUCUCUCAUAGAGGAUUGACUGCAGGUCUGUAAUGUUCCCAGGUCUUGACACAGAGCAGAAUAUACUGCAUUGGCAUUCCAAUGAUUGCAUUUGCAAUCCAUGAGAUUAUUUACUGGGCUGGGAGUGUAAUCCUGACCUGCUUUCUGAGCCUGACAUAUGCUCCUGCUGAAACUACCUCGCCAAGUAUUGAUCAGAGGCCCUUUUUGGGGUUAAUAGGAGCUGACACUCCAAUAAUGAAGGAAAGAGCCAUUAAGCCUGCAAAGCAACAUGUCUGGUGGAAACCUCAGAAGAGACUUUCUACAAGAAGAGGCAGUGGCCAUAUUUAUAAACAGUCAGUGCUUUACAAGAAGUCAGGGCAGAGCAUUCCAUUUGGGGGUCACCCUUAAACGUGCUCCAAGGGAUCUGGUUUCACAUGACAAGGCAGGGGCAGGUUUCUCUUCUCCUCUUCAGCUGAGGUCUAGUCUUGGGCUUCCUAUAGAUCAAUGCUGAGGUCCCUAACCAGACCGAGCCACUAUCGAUUUCCUUUAACCCUUAAAAAAAACACUCCAAGUGAUAGCUAGUAUGUCAUCCCCCAGAUAGAUCAGUAAGAGCUUGUAAUGCACAUUUUUGGGGGGUGAAACCGGAGAUGUAUAGGAUAUAGGAUACAGCUGAAGGCUGCACUACUGGCUUAUAUACACUAGGUGUCCCCCACGAGCUACAUUUAUUAUUCCUGUGCAGAAACCUCAGAGGGGAUAGUGUGGAAAGGACCAUUUACCGCUAAGGUCAAAGGGAAAUUCAUACUCAAGUGCACUGUAGCAAUGUCUAGUGAAUGUGUGAUACAGUAGAUUAAAAGGACAAUCAAAUGCAUGCUUUUUGGUGAUCACUGAAUUUUUUUAAAUGAUGAGUGUCUUCCCUCUAUUGAGUGCAUUGUUGUUGAUACAGGUGGAGUCAGUUGUAUGAAGAAGCUGGCCGUUACUCUGUCCGGAUCCAAGGGUCAGAAUCUCCCGUCAAUGUCAUCUGCUAUCAUACUGUGGAUGUCAGUCCAAAUAACAUCUAUUUCCGUGAGUAAACAAAAACAAUUUCCUGUCAUUCUGAAAACAAAACAUUUAGAACAGCACCAUUUUUUUGUACUUUAGAUAAUCAUACUUUAGCAAAACAUUUUAUUUAGAAAAUUAUUUUACAGAAAAUAUCCAAUCAAUUGGACACGAUUAUUUAAGAUAUGGACCUUUUGUGUUUAUAUAUACUUUUUGUGGCAUCACAAUUAUUGAGUACAGUGGAUGAUACCUGUUUAAUAUGCAAAAUGCCAAUAAAAUUGAAAGUAGAAAGUACUAGUGUACUUGUGAACCCUUCUAGGAGUAAGGCUAAGCCUGUGACUGGAUCCUCACAGUUCCUAAUUGAGACCGCAAAGAAGAGACAUCAACUGUGUUGUACACGUCCAUUGAGAAGUCAUUAUCUUUCCUCUCAUGGGACAUGAUGUGUAUCGAUUAGAUAAGACAGCCAUUCUUGAAAACGGAUAAAAUAAAAGCUUUUCUGUUUGUUUUGGUCUGUGCUCUGUGCAGGAAAGGGAUUCUGGGUAAUACAUUAGGGAGCGUGAAGGGAUUAAGCCAUAAUGGGAUUUUGAAAGCGUCUCUCUCUAUAAUGUACACGCUGAUUAACAAUAUUGCAGAUUAUGUUGUAGAUCAGACUUUUAAGGCCAUGUAGCCAUGAUCUGGCAGAUAUAUGGCUACUGUGACUGCACCCCCCACAUUAUGUUCAGCUUCCAUUAGCUUCGUUGUCCGGUGAUUAUUGUUAGGCCCCCAUAGGGCUCUCUCAACUUUAAGUAAUGGGCUGGUCAUCAGCAGACGCUAAAGGCACAGGGAGCAGGUUAGAGUUGGCCUUUGCAAUUUAAAAGUUAACUUUAAACUGAGUUGUGACUGGCCCUUGGGCCAAUUUAUGUUUAAAAUAUAUAUGAUCGAGAAUGUGUUGCGGUCCUGUAACUUUACGUAUAUACCAAUUGUAACCAAGUCUCGUGAGCUAUAACAUCCAUUAAUAUUACAGUGGACAUGCAAGUCCACUCUCUAAUGUUAUUAGUACUGUAUUCCACCUACAGUACCCCAGACCACAAGUCACCUGCAUGGUUAAUCUAAGCCAUAAUGCUCCCAGAGUGGUUUGUGGUAUAGUGACCAUUAAUAAGUAUUAGUCAAACUGAUAUACAUGCCUCAAGGUCAUUAUAGGAUCUAAUUUCCAUGUCCAUUGCAGUUUCUGUGUUGAGUUUAAAUUAAACUGAUCCCGAAUCUGUAGGUUAUUUAGCUGAUAAUGAAGAUGACUCUAUUGUACAUAUGUAAAGCGAUUUGAUUACUUUAACCAAGACAUGAUUUUCUUUCAUAUCACAUUUCUAUGUUGAGGAUAAGGAGUUUACCCUCUCCAUGUUUUGAGAGUUAUAAAGGUCUUUUUCAGAAGGGAUCCAGUGCGUAGUCUUUGUUCAGUGGAUGUCAUAGUGUGUAUUCAACCAAGGAUGAAAUGGCCUCUGUGUUUGUUUUUCCAUUCUACGACAAACAGGGAGCACUGCAUUUCCUGUCCCCUCUGCUUUGAGUCCUCUAAUUACAUAGCUGUUUUCAUAUUCUAAAGGUCAAUGACACUUGUUUGGCCAAUUUCUAUAUUUCUAUAUUAUAUGGCUAUUAUCUUUCAAUUUAGCACAUUAACCUAUCCAAGAAGGCAAUAUCACUAUUCUUUCUGUGGCCUGGCCCCUGAGUGUACAGAACAUUAAGGACACCUGCUUUUUCCAAGACAUAGACUGACCAGGUGAAUCCAGGUGAAAGCUAUGAUCCCUUAUUGAUGUCACUUAUUACAUCCACUUCAAUCAGUGGGAGAAGACAGGUUAAAGAAGGAUUUUUAAGCCUUGAGACAACUGAGACAUGGAUUGUGUAUGUGUGCCAUUCAGAGGGUGAAUGGGCAAGACAAAAUGUUUAAGUGCCUUUGAACAGGUUAUGGUAGUAGGUGCCAGGCACACCGGGGAGGUGUUCUUAAUGUUUUGUACACUCAGUGUAUAUUACAGCACAUAGGUAUAGUAAUCCCCCAAAGCAUUCUGUAUCAUUGAUGGCAGUCCACUCAAUACAGCUUUGUUUCCUUGUUCUUUUUUGUCCCUUAGAUUACCUAGAUUGACUGCUCUUGAGUUUCGUAUUGGGCUGUUUGUCCCUUGAGGGAUCCCCUGGUCACCUGGUUGGGUGACAGUAAGCCACUGGGGAGCUUAGACACUGACAAUGGGGAGAACAUUAUUUGAGCUGGCCUGGAAAUGGUAGUCAGCCCUCUUAUCACUAGUCAGAUCCUGUUUUGAUAGAGGGGUAUAUCACUUUCCUGACAGUCACUUUCCUGGGCAUCCAGACUGGGCUGUGAUGAAACAUAGGAAGUUGUUGUCUGGUUUCUCUCAUCAGUUCAGUCAGAAAGGCUUUGGGUCUUUUAAACUGUAUUCAAUGAUGAACUCAUUAUUUGUAUCGUUUUAUUAGGUCCCAAAUUUACAAGGAAGGUCCAUUCUCCGCUUCCUAUUCGCACAGCCCUCCACUGACUCAUACUCUUUUGAUUUGGUUGGACAGCUCUGUUGGUGGCAGCUCUUCUACUGGCACUUAUUGCUCUCCUGUGUGUCGUUGCUCCCAACCUGUACAGGUGCUGUAUUUUAAUUGAUUUGACAUUUGACUUUCUAAAUACUGUAUGCUUUGAUCUGAAGCCAAACUGACAUGCUGUGGCAGUUGAAGCUCCUUGUUUUCUGUUUACAGGAGGCGCUGUACGACAAAGCUUAUCAAGACCAUUUGCUGCAAAGGCCCACAACAUGCAAUGGAUGUCAGUAUAAUAUUAAUAUUCACUUAUUACAACGCAAAUCUCAAGUUAGGAUUUAACCCUAUGUUUCUCUAUAUAAUAUAUUAUGUUUCUACAUCCAAUUUCAUCACUUAUAGAACUCAUUGUCCUCUGGAAUCAAAAAUCUACUUUAGCUUUGAUCUACCAAAUGCAUUGAAAUGUUUUCAUGAACUUUUUCUAUUAAGUUUAAGAGGCAUUUUAAAUGAAUGAAAGCCUCCAGACUCCAGUCACUAAGCCAUUUGUGAGAUACUAAUAUGAUAAUUGAUACAAAUGUUAGCAGAGUCAGCAGACCUGCAUUAGUGAUAGAUCAAGCAUUGUAUCUAUCAUCUUGUCUUGGUCCAUGACGUGACAGCCUGACAGGCUCCUGCGUAUUUUUGGAGAGCAUGAAUAGCUUCUCUCAUCUUCUCGAGGAAGAGGCCUUCAUCUCCCAUAUGCUCUCAUGAUGGCAGUCAGAUCCAUCAUACAGAAUUAGUGCUAGUGUCUUCCUGCUCUGGCCCUCCAAACUGUUGCAUGGAGGUCAACAGGCCAGGGUAUUCAAACUGGGAGGGCAGCAGGCCAGAGUAAUCCAAGCCCGCUCUUUAAAAAACAAGGAAGUAGUGGCCAACUAUUGUCAGCACAGCUAGAAAGAAGGAUAGAUACCUACAAAUCCAACUGGAUCAAUCUGACUAAUUUCUCUACUCUGUUACUGCAAACUCAAGUUUUGUUUGGGUUUGUUAAACACUAGCAGAGGCAAUAAUAUCGAGUAAGCAUGAUUUGACUAUGGAUUUCAACCAAACAAAAUCGCAUUUUUGCCAACACUGAACAUUACAUACUGUUUACAUUAUUCAAUGGUAUUUAUUUAUUAGGGUGUAACUUUUGCAAUAUGUAACAAGUAUGUAAGUCAUAACUGCAUGUACUGUACUUACUAGCUUGUUACAUGGUUAUAACAUAGGUUAUUACACUGGUUUGUACUUUUGUAUAAGGUCUAAGUAAUGUAAAGUAAUACCCCCAAAAAUGAAAGUUUGUUGACUGAAAUGCUUUUGUUCAGGAUGAGGUUAACACUGCCCAACCAAAAGCAACACGACUGCGCUCAUUGGACACUUUCCGAGGGUAUGUACAUGGAAAAUGAUUGUUUAUCUCUCUGUCUCCACAUAAGGCUUGUUUACAUGCUAAUUGAUUUCAGACUAAUCAUAGGCAUGCUGAAGUUGUACAGAACACAAAACAAAGUAUGUAUUGUAUAACAAAAUAUUAUACGGGUCACUGUCUGGUUACAUGGUCACUUGAGCCUUUGUUUUCAGGCAAUUGCUUUAGGCAUGAUUUGUAAUAUUUUGUUGUCUCUCUAUGUUUGAGAACAGCGUAUUUCUGUUGGGCAGGAGUGGUGUGAUUUAAUCUUGGAUCCCUGCUCUUCUUAAUAGUGGCCUCGGGGCUGACACAAAGCACGCCUCUCUGGAAACAGGAAGCUGGUGUGGGUUUGACCUCCCCUUCGCCAAAUAAUUGAUGCAAUAAUACCAUCAACAUAUCAGCACAUAUUCACUGAGCCAUAGAUCUACAGCUGGGAUAGAAAGGAAAGAGCUUUCCAGAGCCAGGUUUUUAGUAUCGUGCAGACUUCUCCAUGUCUGCUCCCUUCAUCUGAUGAUUUCGGAAAUGUUGAAAUCUCACUCAUUGUAUCUGCUCAAACUGACUCAAUAUUAUUUUGGUACGAUUGUAUAUCUUCAAAUCAACAUAUCAAGCCUUCCUCAACCGGGAAAAUGAAAUUGCUCAUUAUCACGUUAUUUCAAAAUGCUUUUAGUUACCAGGAAAUUACCAUGCUGUAGAUACUAGUGAUGGGGGAAGAAAAUCGAUACAGUUACAUAUCACAAUAUUAUUUUGGGAUGAUAUUAUAUCGAUAUUUGACUCCAAGUAUCGAUUUGUAAAAAUCCCAACCCUACUGUAGAAAUCCCAACGCUACUGUUGGUAGCGUUAGCUAGCACUAGUCGACUGUACCUGCGCCAAAACGCCUGUAUUUUUCAUCCUAUCUUCUUUUUAAAUGGUGAGCGAACAUGUUUUCAACACUUUUAUUUCCCUGCCUGAUCAAAACUCGUUUUCUCAUGCUCUCUCUUGUCACUCUGGAGCAGACAUAUAGUGAGCAAUAUGUUUGGAAUAUGAAAUCACAAUAAAAUUGCAGGAUUCGAAUCGCAAUACAUACAAAAUGGUGAGAAUCGAAAUACAUAUCGUAUCGACAACUAAGUAUCGUGAUAAUAUCGUAUCGUGAAGUCCCUGGCAAUUCCCAGACCUAGUAGAUACAGUACCGUAUAAUAAAUCUAAGUAAUAAAUCACAUUUUCACAUGCUCUAGAGAAGACAAGUACAAGUUAAAGGCCAAAUUAGAAGCUUGUGAAAACAAGUGUUCUUUCUACUGUUCCCUGACACUAACCAGUAACUUUUCUCUGGGCUUUUCACAUAUAAUCAACAACAGACCUAUUUCAUUAGAAACAUAUCAGAAUGUUGAAAUGUAGGCGUAUUUUUGAACAUAUGUCACUGAAGGUAACAUUUAGUUAUAUGUCACUAUAAUGACAUAUUACUGUAGUUAUGGCUCUUACAAGAAGACAGAGGGACUAUGGUGCUAGUGUGGAUGGAGGAAGUACGACAUGGGUUGAUUCAUAACAACCUUCAUAACACAUGUAUUCAAUAUCGUUCAUCAGGAGUUUUCAAAAUAAUAGUCCCUUUUCAUUACGAAACUAAAAGUUAUCAGUAACACUGAAAUAGAACUUCAUGUAUCCAUUGUACAGCAGACAUUUGCAUUUUCACAGCCACAGUACCCAACCCAACCCAAGUGUUAUCCUAAUAACACUUGUUUCUGGCUGUUAUUGGAAGAAAACAUAUUGUAGGCCUAACAUGAAGUUUACACAUGGUGCUCCAGACCAGAAGUCAGUGUAGGCCAGGUAGGCCAGGUACUUUGUUUACUUCAGAUCCACCUUGUCCCAGAUAUCGUCCGAAAAAAGUUCAUAAUUCAAUAUGAUAAUAUUGAUAAUUCCAAAGGCUGUUUACCCAGCGGCAUCUUGCCGCAUUGAAAGAUCACAAAAGAGGAUGCAAAACACUCAAUGCACACAGUCACGGACCACUAACCCUAUGUUGCUCCCAGCCUGUUACGUGAAUAGUGUGACAGAGGGUUGGGUACUGUGGCAGUAUCAAAUUUCCAUUGUACAAUGCUGAAAUUAAAUCAAGAUUUAUUUCAAGAGACUUUUAUUUUUGAAAACUUGUUAUGAUUGAUGUUGAAUAAAUGUGUUAAAACGUUUGUUAUGAAUGAUACUGCAACACUCAUAAAGGUGUUAUGACUGGUUUCAUAAAGAUGUUAUGAAUGUCUUGUAUGAAUGUAUAUUCCCUUCAAGUAAAGUGUUACCGGAUUUUCUCAUAUGUAAUACAAAGUUACAUUUGCCUGAGAAGAUAUACUGCUGAAACAAUCUGUAACAUAUCGAUGUUCUCAUAUUGGUUCCUGUAUCAAUUGAAUGUCCUAUACCUCGACACGUGCUUAAUCAAAUGACUCGGGGCUCAAGAUUAACGUUCCAAUGCACCUCAACUGGCUGAGUUAUGAUCCAGACGCCAGUAAAUAACAACUUUUCACUGAGGAGAAGAGUCAUCAGUCACCUGCCAUGAACGCUGGUACAUUUUUGAAGCCAAAGGGGUUUCUUCUCCUAUGAAAGACUUUUCAGCUCGUUCCUCCAACUCCGCUGACAUGAGUUAUAGAGGACAGCUCGACUUUGUUUGCAUUUUUCUAAAAGGAUCUUGAUUUUAAUCUUGUGGCACUUCUAAAAGCCUUCAGCCAUUUCAUUCAUUUUGAAGAUGACACACUAAAGAUUAGUUGUAAUACAUUGAACAAUUACAGCAAAACAGGAUAGUGUAAAUUACAGCAAAACAGGAUAGUGUAAAUUACAGCAAAACAGGAUAGUGUAAAUUACAAAUGGAACAAUAACAUGUCUCAUUAGAAUAUGUCAAAAUAGCGACAUUUAACCUUUGUCACCUAAACUGACAUGUCACCUAGCGUGGUUAGGGUUAGGGCUACAAUGUCAACAUUCUGACAUUCAUAUAAUGAAUAACAUAGAUAGUUACAGUGAAUUCGGAAAGUAGUCAGACCUCUAGACUUUUUCCACAUUUUGUUACGUUACAGCCUUAUUCUAAAUGGAUGAAAUACAUGUUUUUCUUCAUCAAUCUACACACAAUACCCCAUAAUGACAAAGCGAAAACAGGUUUUUAGAAAUGUUUGCAAAUUUAUAAAAAAUUAAAAACAGAAAUAUCUUAUUUACAUAAGUAUUCAGACCCUUUGCUAUGAGACUCGAAAUUGAGCUCAGGUGCAUCCUGUUUCCAUUGAUCAUCCUUGAGAUGUUUCUACAACUUGAAUGGAGUCCACCUGUGGUCAAUUCAAUUCAUUGGACAUGAUUUGGAAAAGCACACACCUGUCUAUAUAAGGUCCAACAAUUGACAGUGCAUGUCAGAGCAUAAACAAAGCCAUGAGGUCGAAGGAAUUUUUCGUAGAGCUCUGAGACAGGAUUGUGUUGAGGCACAGAUCUGGGGAAGGGUACCAAAAAAGUUCUGCAGCAUUGAAGGUCCCCAAGAACACAGUGGCCUCCAUCAAUGGAAGAAGUUUGGAACCACCAAGACUCUUCCUAGAGCUGGCAGCCGGGCCAAACUAUGCAAUCGGGGGAGAAUGGCCUUGGUCAGGGAGGUGACCAAGAACCCGACGGUCACUCUGACAGAGCUCCAGAGUUCCUCUGUGGAGAUGGGAGAACCUUCCAGAAGACCAGCCAUCUCUGCAGCACUCCACCAAUCAGACCUUUAUGGUAGAGUGGGCAGACGAAAGCCACUCCUCAGCAGCAGGGUCUGGGAGACUAGUCAGGAUCGAGGGAAAGAUGAACGGAGCAAAGUACAGAGAGAUCCUUGAUGAAAACCUGCUCCAGAGUGCUCAGGAUCUCAGACUGGGGUGAAGGUUCACCUUCCAACAGGACAACGACCCUAAGCACACAGCCAAGACAACGCAGGAGUGGCUUCGGGACAAGUCUCUGAAUGUCCUUGAGUGGCCCAGCCAGAGCCCGGACUUGAACCUGAUUGAACAUCUCUGGAGAGACCUGGAAAUUGCUAUGCAGCAACGCUCCCCAUCCAACCUGACAGAGCUUGAGAGGAUCUGCAAAGAAGAAUGGGAGAAACUCCCCAAAUACAGGUGUGCCAAGCUUGUAGUGUCAUACCCAUAAAGACUCGAGGCUGUAAUCACUGCCAAGAAAGUACUGAGUGAAGGGUCUGAGUACUUAUGUAAAUGUUAUAUUUCAGUUGUAUUUUUAAUAUUUUUGCAAAAAUGUCUAAAAACCUGUUUUUGCUUUGUCAUUAUGGGGUAUUGUGUGUAGAUUGAUGAGGGAAAAUUGUUUUUAAUCCGUUUUAGAAUAAGGCUGUAACGUAACAAAAUGUGGAAAAAGUCAAGGGGUCUGAAUACUUUCCGAAUGCACUGUAUGUUCACCAAUGUUAUGAAUAGAUUUGAUAGAUAGGUUGAUGUUUAUUGAGAGGACAGUAUGCUUUUCAUUCUGUGCAUUGAUAUUUGGCCACUGAAAUAAGCAGCAUGACAUUUCCUCUCAAGUACUAGACAUUUGUUAUGACUAGAUUGGGUUUCCAUGUACUUGAUGUGGCUAGCGAUAAUGUAAGUAACUCAAUACUCAAUAGUGAUUGAGUGUAGCCAUCCAUUUGCUUGUAGGCUAAAGAGGCAUUGUAUUGAACUAAAAGCCUAAUUGCUGAUGCAAUGUAAAGAGAUCAAAAUCCAAGAAAUGUGAUGGUAUUAUCGCAUCCACAGUGGAUAUCAUGUCUUAACCCCCUUUGAUUUUUUCACAUUUUGUUGCGUCACAAAGUGGGAUUGAAAUAGAUUUAAUGGUAUUUUUUUGUCAUUGAUCUACAUAAAAGACUCCAUAAUGCCAGUGAAAAUAAAAUUAUACAAAUGUUUACAAAUUAAUACAAAUGUAAUAACUAAAAUAUAGUCAUUGCAUUCACCCCCUUUGUUUAAUUAAGCCUAAAUUAGUGCAGGAGUAAAAUGUGGCUUAACAAAUCACAUAAUAAGUUACAUGGACUCACUCUGUGUGAAAUAAUAGGGGUUGACGUGAUCUCCCAGACAAACAACAUCUGUAAGGCCCCUCAGUCAAGUAUUGAAUUUCAAGUACAAAUUCAACUACAAAGACCAGGGAACUUUUCAAAAAACCAAAUCAAAUCCAUUUGUAUUUGUCAAAUGCUCCGAAUACAACAGGUGAAGACCUUACAGUGAAAUGCUUACUUACAAGCCCUUAACCAACAAUGCAGUUUUAAGGAGGAAUAUUUUUUAAAAUCACACAAAAAAAUACAAUAUAAAUAAUGCGAAAUAAAAGUAACAAAUAACCGAGUCAAUGUACGGGGGCACCGGUUAGCCGAGGUAAUUGAGGUAAUAUGUACAUGUAGGUAGAGUUAUUAAAGUGACUAUGCAUAGAUAAUAAACAGAGAGUAGGCGGGGGGGGGGGGGAUAUGCAAAUAGUCUGGGUAGCCAUUUCAUUAGAUGUUCAGGAAUCUUAUGGCUCGGGGGUAGAAGCUGUUUAGAAGCCUCUUGGACCUAGACUUAGCGCUCCGCUUAGCGCUACCGUUCGGUAGCAGAGAGAACAGUCUAUGACUAGGGUGGCUGGAGUCUUUGACAAUUUUCAGGGCCUUCCUCUGACACCGCCUCAUAAAGAAGGGGAGUGAUUGGUAGAUGGCUAACAACAACAAAUCAGACAUUGAAUAUCUCUUCAAGCAUGGUCAGUUAAUAAUUAUGCUGUGGAUGACCACCCAGACACAUCAAAGAUACAGCUGUCCUUCUGAACUGAGCUGCAGGACAGGAAAGAAACUGCUCAGGGAUAUCACCAUGAGGCCAUUGGUGAUUUUAAAACAGCUACAGAGUUCAAUGGCUGUGAUGGGAGAAAACUGAGGAUGGAUCAACAACAUUGUAGUGACUUCACAAUAAUGACCUAAAUGACAGAGUGAAAAAAAGAAUACAAAUAUGCAAAAUAAAAGAUUCCAAAAUAUGCAUUAUCUAUGCAACAAGACACUAAAGUAAUACUGCAAAAAAACACGGCAAAGGAAUACACUUUUUGGCCUAAAUGCAAAGCCUUAUGUUUGGGGCAAAUCCAACACAACACAUUACUGAGUAACUGCUUCCUUAUUUUCAAGCAUGGUGGUGGCUGCAUCAUGGUAUGGGUAUGCUUGACAUCGGCAAAGACUGGCGAUAAAAAGAAACAGGAUGGAGCUAAGCACAGGCAAAAUCCUAGAGGAAAUCCUACUUCAGUCUGCUUUACACCAGACACUGGGAGAGGAGUUCACCUUUCAGCAGGACAAUAACCUACAACACAAGGCCAAAUCUAUACUGGAGUUGCUUACCAAGAAGACAAUGAAUGUUCCUGAGUGGCCAAGUUACAGUUUUGACUUAAAUCUGCUUGAAAAUUGCUGAAUUCAAAAUAGCUGUAUAGCCAUGAUCCCCAACACCUUGAAAAAUUUUGAAAAUAAUAAUGUACAAAUAUUACCCAAGAAGACUCACAGAUGUAAUCAUUGCAAAGUGUGUUUCUAACAUGAAUUCACUCAUUGGGGUGAAUAUUUAUCUAAUUUACAUUUUAGUCAUUUAGCAGACGCUCUUAUCCAGAGUGACUUACAGUUAGUGAGUGCAUACAUUUUUCAUACUGGACCCCCAUGGGAAUUGAACCCACAACCCUGGCAUUGCAAACGCCAUGCUCUACCAACUGAGCUACACGGGGCCAAUAUGUUAGUGUUUUAUUUUUCAUUAAUCAUAAAAUCAUUUUUAGAAUUUGUCUUUCACUUGGACAUUAGAGUAUUCUGUGUAGGUCGUUGACAAAAAAUGUCAAUUAAAUCCAUUUUAAUAUAAAAAAAAAAUUCUCCAGCUAUACCCACUGUAUUAGUCAUGACAUUGUGUCUGUGUUUUAUAUAGAAGCUAGGUGGUGUUUUGUUGUCAUUCACCUGUAUCUGGCUGGUGUUCAUAAAACUGUUUAUCACAGAAACAUUACAUUUACAUUUUAGUCAUUUAGCAGACGCUCUUAUCCAGAGCGACUUACAUGAGCAAUUAGGGUUAAGUGCCUUGCUCAAGGGCACAUCGGCAGAUUUUUCACCUAGUCGGCUCAGGGAUUAGAACCAGCGACCUUUCGGUUACUGGCACAACGUUCUUAACCACUAAGCUACCUGCCGCCCAUUAAUUAGUAUGCUGAGAAGCUUGAACUAUUCAAUUUGCUGAUAAAGUGGUAAAAUGACAACAACUCUAUUCAAAUUAGGUGCUUUAACCUGACAAUCUUUGGAAUUGUCAGGUUGUGCUCAUGUUUUGUAUUGUAAAGUAGCUUAAUAAUCACAAUAUUUUGCACUCUCUCACAGGCCAAUUUCAUAAGAUAUUGGAAGGUUUAAGAAUGGGUAAUUUAAUCGGACUAAAAUGGUUCUCUGAAAGAUGUAGGCCAGAGAGUCGGACACCAAAUGCUUUUAAUUUAAAAGAUUGGCAAUAAGUCGUUAUAUUGCAGCAAUUUACACGGGGCUCAUCUGGAAAAUGACUUAACCUUUGUCUCUGUCUCUAUGACGACUAAUGGACAUAUUCGUUACAAUCUGAAUGAGGAUGCACAUGACGUGUGUUUCUGUGCAUGUGUGCAUACGUGCAUGAAUGUAUGUGUGUGUGUGUCAGUGUAUAUGCAUAUGUAUACUUGUGUGUGUAUGCAACAGAGUUCGCUCUGCUUUAAUAGCUCUUUUGAGAUGAUAGUGCCAGAUUAAAAUCUUGUAUCAGCAGGUUAGGGCUAAAAGGAGCAGUAAUGGCUUCUGGACUUCUUAAUUGAAUCUGGGCAGAAAAACAAGGGAGGCUCAAACUGAGCUAGACACAGUGUACCUUAUCAGACUGGGAGCUUGCUUUAUGGUCCUCAAAUAAUGUUUUUAUUUCUUCCAUUAACAUUACUCAUGAAUCAAAAGCAGAAAUGAGAUUUUAUACCUGGUGAAAGGAGUGAAUCUGCCAUUGAGAAAGCUAUGGCACUUUACCUGACACAAAGCAAAUUUGUGCAAUGUAAUGCAAAUACACAUUUUCUGACAUGUGAUGCAAACAACCGUCUCCCAUAGCAGCUGAUUCAGUGUAGUAUUCCAUCAUGUAUGCUGUGUUUCAGCGGCCCUCGCGAGCACUAAGUUAUAAGUGUAUCGUAAAUUAUAGUCAAAGUCUUUAGUCAGCAGUCCUGCAUGAGUAGAUCUAGAGGACAAGUGUUCAUUUCCUGAGUGAUUCAUUAUGCUUAGAUUGCAUUAACUUGUAUUGCGUUUCGGUGUGUGACAAUGGAAAAAGUUCCCAAUUGUCACACUAUCUUAAUAGAAAAUUAUUCAAGUAAAAGUGAAAGUCACCCAGUAAAAUACUACUUGAGUAAAAGUCUAAAAGUAUUUGGUUUUAAAUAUACUUAAGUAUCAAAGUUAAAGGUAAAGUAUAAAUCAUUGCAUUUGACAAUUUUCCUGUCCUGCUAAGCAUUCAAAGUGUAAAGAGUACUUUUUGGUGUCAGGGAAAAUGUAUGGAGUAAAAAGUACAUUAUUUUCUUUAGGAAUUUUGUGAAGUAAAAGUUAGUAGUAAAGUAGUAAAGUAAAGUACAGAUACUCCAAAAGUAUUUUUACACAAGUACUUUACACCACUGAGAAUAUACCCACCCUUGCUUGGCCUUUUGAUCUUUGAUUCAGAAGUCAUGUCUUUACUAAAAGUAAAUUAUGUAAAACAGAGUAGUUAUAUGCUGUACGGACAUUUUCUUUAGAAUUUCAUGUUAGGUGUCAAUGUCCAAUAAUAACAAUGCUAGCCUACCAACUGGUUACAUGUUUAACUGAAAUCUAUAUUUUUUCAAUAUUUAUAGACUUUCCCUGACAAUCAUGGUUUUUGUUAACUAUGGAGGUGGAGGGUACUGGAUAUUUGAACAUGCACCAUGGAAUGGUUAGUAUACAAUUCUAACAUACAUCACCACACCAUACACACAAAACUGUCUCCAUUAUCAAUUCUACUGUAAAUUCAGGCUCAACCCAACAACGAGGGCUAUGGUGUAAUUUCUUAUCUAGGCCAUCAAGGACCCUCCCAAUGGAUCAAUAACACUAACGACCUAGGGGAAGAUGAGGAGGGAGGGUUGCAUGUUAAAUCUUAAUGGAGACUAUUACCAAAUGUAUCUCCAACAGUAUUUAAAGGCAAACUAAUUUUAAGCUUUAUAAUAGACCCUUCAUCACUCAGCUGAAUCGUAUUGAUUCCAAAGGAAAGUUGAUGGAUUUUGAUAUAACUACGUGGCUCCUACUGUCAUGGAGGUUUGGACGUUUAUAAAUCACUCAGUCUGAAAGUCAACUAUUUUUUUUAAAACUGUGUUUUAGGGGCAUUGAAUACAUUAUUAUUAAUCACACGUCCAGGCUGUUUUGGAGUGUAGUCCAGUUUGUAUUAUCUGGACAGAAGACCAAGAACUAUAGAUCUUUAGUAGUAUAGUAUAGUAGGUGUACUGUAUGUUUUGUUCCUCUGACUGAAUGACUAUGUUUAGUUAUGCACUUACAGUGAGGGAAAAAAGUAUUUGAUCCCCUGCUGAUUGUGUAUGUUUGCCCACUGACAAAGACAUGAUCAGUCUAUAAUUUUAAUGGUAGGUUUAUUUGAACAGUGAGAGACAGAAUAACAACAAAAAAAUCCAGAAAAAUGCAUGUCAAAAAUGUUAUAAAUUAAUUUGCAUUUUAAUGAGGGAAAUAAGUAUUUGACCCCUCUGCAAAACAUGACUUAGUACUUGGUGGCAAAACCCUUGUUGGCAAUCACAGAGGUCAGACGUUUCUUGUAGUUGGCCACCAGGUUUGCACACAUCUCAGGAGGGAUUUUGUUCCACUCCUCUUUGCAGAUCUUCUCCAAGUCAUUAAGGUUUUGAGGCUGACGUUUGGCAACUCGAAGCUUCAGCUCCCUCCACAGAUUUUCUAUGGGAUUAAGGUCUGGAGACUGGCUAGGCCACUCCAGGACCUUAAUGUGCUUCUUAUUGAACCACUCCUUUGUUGCCUUGGCCGUGUGUUUUGGGUCAUUGUCAUGCUGGAAUACCCAUCCACGACCCAUUUGCAAUGCCCUGGCUGAGGGAAGGAGGUUCUCACCCAAGAUUUGACGGUACAUGGCCCCGUCCAUCGUCCCUUUGAUGCGGUGAAGUUGUCCUGUGCCCUUAGCAGAAAAACACCCCCAAAGCAUAAUGUUUCCACCUCCAUGUUUGACGGUGGGGAUGGUGUUCUUGGGGUCAUAGGCAGCAUUCCUCCUCCUCCAAACACGGCGAGUUGAGUUGAUGCCAAAGAGCUCUAUUUUGGUCUCAUCUGACCACAACAGUUCUCCUCUGAAUCAUUCAGAUGGCAAACUUCAGACGGCCCUGUAUAUGUGCUUUCUUGAGCAGGGGGACCUUGUGGCCGCUGCAGGAUUUCAGUCCUUCAAGGCGUAGUGUGUUACCAAUUGUUUCCUUGGUGACUAUGGUCCCAGCUGCCUUGAGAUCAUUGACAAGAUCCUCCCGUGUAGUUCUGGGCUGAUUCCUCACCGUUCUCAUGAUCAUUGCAACUCCACGAGGUGAGAUCUUGCAUGGAGCCCCAGGCAGAGGGAGAUUGACAGUUAUUUUGUGUUUCUUCCAUUUGUGAAUAAUGUCACCAACUGUUGUCACCUUCUCACCAAGCUGCUUGGCGAUGGUCUUGUAGCCCAUUCCAGCCUUGUGUAGGUCUACAAUCUUGUCCCUGACAUCCUUGGAGAGCUCUUUGGUCUUGGCCAUGGUGGAGAGUUUGGAAUCUGAUUGAUUGAUUGCUUCUGUGGACAGGUGUCUUUUAUACAGGUAACAAACUGAGAUUAGGAGCACUCCCUUUAAGAUUGUGCUCCUAAUCUCAGCUCGUUACCUGUAUAAAAGACACCUGGGAGCCAGAAAUCUUUCUGAUUGAGAGGGGGUCAAAUACUUAUUUCCCUCAUUAAAAUGCAAAUCGAUUUAUAACAUUUUUGUUGUUGUUAUUCUGUCUCUCAUUGUUCAAAUAAACCUACCAUUAAAAUUAUAGACUGAUCAUUUCUUUGUCAGUGGGCAAACGUACAAAAUCAGCAGGGGAUCAAAUACAUUUAUCCUUCACUGUAUGACAGUAUGAAUACUGUCUGUCUCUCUGACUGUAUGUCUGUCUGUCUGCUCUGUCUGUCCAUCUGUAUUGAUCCUUGUGACCUAUAAGCAUGUCUCUGUGUUCCAGGUCUUACUGUGGCUGAUCUUGUGAUGCCUUGGUGGGUUUGACUGCAACAACUGUUCAAUAAAUCACUGUAUAAUUAUUACAGGCAUGAGCAGAGGAAACUCUUACACAUGCUACUAACAAAUUAUGCUCCUACAGUGCAAACACAGUCAAGUAGUUCACACAGGUCACAUGAUCUCUAAUUAGCACUGCACAGUAACUAACACUACAAUAACACACAUGGUGUUUCAUUACCUUUGUUUCAACCAACUUGAUAACUCAUUGACAGUGUGUGGUUAGGACUCCUUUGCUCAGACAUACAGACACUUGUUUAACACUGAAUAUUAUUGAAUAUUAUGCACUAAAUUGUUUAGUCCCAAAUGUUUAUUGAAGACAGAGGGGUAUUGUGCAGUAAUGACGCGAUUAGAUGUGGGGCGUCAUAGUCAGGAACUUUAUAUGGGUGGUGUACACUGUAACACUAUAGCCUAUCUAGUAGAGCAAUCAGUGUACAUAUCAGUGCAGUAAUUAGGAUAGAUGACAAAGAAUACAGUGAAUUAUAGAUUGAUAUUUGAUAUCGGGAAAUUGUAUUAGACCCUUUGACCAGCAAGAUUAUCCUUUAUCCUUCGGUAUUGUGACUAAUUAAAGUGAUAUUACACUCCAAAAUCAAAUUGGUCUUCUGUUGAGUUAAGUCUACAUCCUAGGCCAUCUGUUUUGUAGAUUCAGCUAUAAGCCACAAUCCAAAAUGAAUGGACAAGAUAAGCGCCAUGUAAUUUCCAGAUUUGCGGUGCUUAUCUUUUACAUUCCUUUUUGGGUAUGUAUGGGGCGGCAGGUAGCGUAGUGGUUAAGAGCGUUGUACCAGUAACCGAAAGGUUGCUGGUUCUAAUCCCCGAGCCGACUAGGUGAAAAAUCUGUCGAUGUGCCCUUGAGCAAGGCACUUAACCCUAAUUGCUCCUGUAAGUCGCUCUGGAUAAGAGUGUCUGCUAAAUGACCAAUUUAAGCACAGCUGGACAAACACAGUUGAAGGUGAGGGACAUAGAUUUAUCUUGAUGUUUGAGGUCAGAAAACAUCUUUGAUUUUAGAGUGCAAUGUCCCUUUAAUUUAGUUGUCUAUGAGUACUGUAAUGUUUCACUGUGUGUUUCAUUCAGGUUUGUGUUCAUCAUUGGGACUUCUGUGGUAUUGGCCUUCACCUCCAUGCGGAAAAAGGGAGUUGGCCGUUGGCAGCUAAUACGCAAGCUAACCUGGAGAACUGUGGUCCUCAUCCUUAUCGGCUUUUGUUUCAUGAACUACUCUCCAAAGGAUGGAUUAUGUAGGUACACACGUAAAAAAAAGUUGCUUGAUUUACCAAGGAACGUUGUGAACCCUAAAUCAUAAUCAUGGAUGCACCGGAAACAUAUGGGAGUAAUGAAACAUGCAAUAAGUCAUUGAAGUUAUAAAUCUAAACUCUUGCUAUUGAAGCAGUUCAGGAUCUGAAUCUGUGGCAAGUCAUUACAAACUUUCCCCACCAGUAUCUUCCUGUUUCCAUAUGACCUUAACAUGAUGAGUGUGGAAUACUAUUAUUUAGAUACCAUUAGAUACACUACGUGACCAAAAGUAUGUGGACACCUGCUCGUCGAACAUAUCAUUCCAAAAUCAUGAGCAUUAAUAUGGAGUUGGUCCCCAUUUGCUGCUAUAACAGCCUCCACCCUUCUGGGAAGGCUUUCCUCUAGAUGUUGGAACAUUGCUGUGGGGACUUGCUUCCAUUCAGCCACAAAAACUUAAGCGAGGUCGGGCACUGAUGUUGGGCGAUUAGGCCUGUCUCGCAGUCGGCAUUCCAAUUCAUCCCAAAGGUGUUCGAUGGGGUUGAGGUCAGGGCUCUAUGCAGGCCAGUCAAGUUCUUCCACACCGAUCUCAACAAACCAUUUCUGUAUGGACCUCGCUUUGUGCACAGGGGCACUGUCAUGCUGAAACAGCAAAGGGCCUUCCCCAAACUGUUGCCACAAAGUUGGAAGCACAGAAUAGUCUAGAAUGUCAUUGUAUGCUGUAGCGUUAAGAUUUCCCUUCACUGGAACUAAGGGGCCAAGCCCGAACCAUGAAAAACAGCCUCAGACCAUUAUUCCUCCUCCACCAAACUUUACAGUUGGCACAAUGCAUUGGGGCAGGUAGCAUUCUCCUGGCAUCCGACAAACCCAGAAGCGUGAUUCAUCCAGUGGAGGCUACUGCGGGGAGGACGGCUCAUAAUAAUGGCUCGAAUGGAGUAAAUGGAAUGACAUCAAACACAUGGAAAACAUGUGUUUGAUGUAUUUGAUACCAUUCCACCCAUUCCACUCCACGAGCUCAUUCUCCCCAAUUAAGGUGCCACCAACAUCCUGUGGAUUCAUCACUCCAGAGAACGCGUUUCCACUGCUCCAGAGUCCAAUGGCGGUGAGCUUUACACCGCUCCAGCCGAUGCUUGGCAUUGCGCAUGGUGAUCAUUGACAAGAUCCUCCCGUGUAGUUCUGGGCUGAUUCCUCACCGUUCUCAUGAUCAUUGCAUGCUGCUUGUGUGCGGCUGCUCGGCCAUGGAAAGCCAUUUCAUGAAGCACCCGACAAACAGUUAUUGUGCUGACAUUGCUUCCAGAGGCAGUUUGGAACUCGGUAGUGAGUGUUGCAACCGAGGACAGACGAUUUUUAUGCGCUACGCGCUUCAGCACUCAGCGGGCCCGUUCUAUGAACUUGUGUGGCUCUGGCAGGGCAGAAAUUUGACAAACUUACUUUUUGGAAAGGUGGCAUCCUAUGACGGUGCCACAUUGAAAGUCACUGAGCUCUUCAGUAAGGCCAUUCUACUGCCAAUGUUUAUCUAUGGAGAUUUCAUGGCUGUGUACUUGAUGUUAUACACCUAUCAGCAACAGGUAUGGCUGAAAUAGCAGAAUCCACUAAUUUGAAGGUGUAUCUUCAUUACAAACUGUAGAGUUCAAUCCAUCCUAGCUCUUGUUCUUGGUCACCAUGCUAAAUGCUGGAAUAAUUAAUAAUGGUUUUCUUAUGUAAAACCCCUGUUGGAUUAUGAUUAUGAAGUCUGGCAGCGUAGGGUGGCUGGCAGUGGCUGGCUGCCAGAGACGUGACAGGGUUAAAUGGGGAAAGCUGUGUGGAUUUAUUACUGUCCACGAGGCCCUUCACACAUUAGCUAACCCUGGCGCUAAUGGACUUUCCUGGGUGGAUGUCUCUGUAACCGGGUUAAAAAAUAUAUUGUUAUUCCUCGCAGUGGGGAACACAGUAUCAGGGGACAUUUAACAAAAAAAGGAUUUGAGCAAAAACAACCAGUGUUGCUGUAAUGGACAUUUUCAACAGAUAGUGUUACAUGGUGCCAGCUGUAGCCAGUAGAUCCUGUAUAGUGUAAAACCUCUCAUAACAGGAUGAUGUGUUUUACCAUCAACCGCUGUAGACAGUGUUGUCUCUCUCCCCCCUUCCCCAUGAUGCCCUUGGCAUGUCUAACCCUGGGUUUUAUCUAAUAAGGAAAUGGAGGUGCUUCGAUCUGUUCAAUAUGCAUACUGUUUUGGUGGUCAAAUGAAGAGGUGUUGACCUUUGACGUGUUUUUACUGCCAGUAUACAGGUUGGUUUUAGUUUUUGGAGCGCAAGUCAGCUUUAGCUGUUGUGAGGUGAUUGCAUGUACACUAAUAGCCUAAUUUAUUGUGGGGCUUGGAUACAUUUCCGGUAUUCAACUUUGAUUCAAGUCCCACCCCCUAAAAUGUCCUUCCAUUUGAUUCUUCAUCAGGAUGCUUUAUUACAGGAUGCUUUAUUUUAUUCAGUAACCCAUUUAUUUCCACUUUGCAAUAAAUCGCCACUUCCAACUGGAAAAACUCUCUGAUUUCUUUUAUAAUUUUGAGCUUUAACAGGCUUCUACUCAGAAGACUCACUAUAGUUAUUUAUAUUGAUCAAAGCCAUGUGCCACCAGAAAAUGAACAAAAAAGUGUGCCAUUGUAGCCCUUUAUACUCGUACCCGUAUACGGGUUGGAAAUGGCAGAUUUGGGCACUGAUAAAUUCCUACAUUGAAAUGCAGUGGCUGUACAGUAACAGUCUAUACAUAUAGUCAGAGCUCAGGCUCUGCGCUUCACAGCACUGUCUGGGUUUUGACUGACAGAUGUUCUGAACUUGAGCACCGCACGCGACAAGAAGUUCAAAUCAAAUCAAAUCAAAUUGUAUUGGCCACAUGCGCCGAAUACAACAGGUGCAGACAUUACAGUGAAAUGCUUACAUACAGCCCUUAACCAACAGUGCAUUUAUUUUUAACAAAAAAGUAAAAAUAAAACAACAACAAAAAAAGUGUUGAGAAAAAAAGAGCAGAAGUAAAAUAAAAUAACAGUAGGGAGGCUAUAUAUACAGGGGGGUACCGGUGCAGAGUCAAUGUGCGGGGGCACCGGCUAGUUGAGGUAGUUGAAGUAAUAUGUACAUGUGGGCAGAGUUAAAGUGACUAUGCAUAAAUAAUUAACAGAGUAGCAGCAGCGUAAAAGGAUGGGGUGGGGGGGCAGUGCAAAUAGUCCGGGUAGCCAUGAUUAGCUGUUCAGGAGUCUUAUGGCUUGGGGGUAGAAGCUGUUGAGAAGUCUUUUGGACCUAGACUUGGCACUCCGGUACCGCUUGCCGUGCGGUAGCAGAGAGAACAGUCUAUGACUAGGGUGGCUGGAGUCUUUGACUAUUUUGAGGGCUUUCCUCUGACACCGCCUGGUAUAGAGGUCCUGGAUGGCAGGAAGCUUGGCCCCAGUGAUGUACUGGGCCGUAUGCACUACCCUCUGUAGUGCCUUGCGGUCGGAGGCCAAGCAGUUGCCAUACCAGGCGGUGAUGCAACCAGUCAGGAUGCUCUCGAUGGUGCAGCUGUAUAAUUUCUUGAGGAUCUGAGGACCCAUGCCAAAUCUUUUCAGUCUCCUGAGGGGGAAUAGGCUUUGUCGUGCCCUCUUCACGACUGUCUUGGUGUGUUUGGACCAUGAUAGUUUGUUGGUGAUGUGGACACCAAGGAACUUGAAGCUCUCAACCUGUUCCACUACAGCCCCGUCAAUGAGAAUGGGGGCGUGCUCAGUCCUCUUUUUUUUACCUGUAGUCCACAAUCAUCUCCUUUGUCUUGGUCAUGUUGAGGGAGAGGUUGUUGUCCUGGCACCACACGGCCAGGUCUCUGAACUCCUCCCUAUAGGCUGUCUCAUCGUUGUCGGUGAUCAGGCCUACCACUGUUGUGUCGUCGGCAAACUUAAUGAUGGUGUUGGAGUCGUGCCUGGCCAUGCAGUCAUGGGUGAACAGGGAGUACAGGAGGGGACUGAGCUGAUCCUCAACACGCACCCCUGAGGGGCCCCCGUGUUGAGGAUCAGCGUGGCAGAUGUGUUGUUACCUACCCUUACUACUUGGGGGCGGCCUGUCAGGAAGUCCAGGAUCCAGUUGCAGAGGGAGGUGUUUAGUCCCAGGAUCCUUAGCUUAGUGAUGAGCUUUGAGGGCACUAUGGUGUUGAAUGCUGAGCUGUAGUCAAUGAAUAGCAUUCUCACGUAGGUGUUCCUCUUGUCCAGGUGGGAAAGGGCAGUGUGGAGUGCAAUAGAGAUUGCAUCAUCUGUGGAUCUGUUGGGGCGGUAUGCAAAUUGGAGUGGGUCUAGGGUUUUUGGGAUAAUGCUGUUGAUGUGAGCCAUGACCAGCCUUUCAAAGCACUUCAUGGCUACAGACGUCAGUGCUACGGGUCGGUAGUCAUUUAGGCAGGUUAUCUUAGAGUCCUUGGGCACGGGGACUAUGGUGGUCUGCUUGAAACAUGUUGGUAUUACAGACUCAGUCAGGGACAUGUUGAAAAUGUCAGUGAAGACACUUGCCAGUUGGUCAGCACAUGCUCGGAGUACACGUCCUGGUAAUCCGUCUGGCCCUGCGGCCUUGUGAAUGUUGACCUGCUUAAAAGUCUUACUCACAUCGGCUACGGAGAGCGUGAUCACAUAGUCAUCCGGAACAGCUGGUGCUCUCAUGCAUGCUUCAGUGUUGCUUGCCUCGAAGCGAGCAUAGAAGUGGUUUAGCUCGUCUGGAAGUCUUGUGUCACUGGGCAGCUCGCGGCUGUGCUUCCCUUUGUAGUCUGUAAUAGUUUUCAAGCCCUGCCACAUCCAACGAGCGUCAGAGCCAGUGUAGUAUGAUUCAAUCUUAGUCCUGUAUUGACUCUUUGCCUGUUUGAUGGUUCGUCGGAGGGCAUAGCGGGAUUUCUUAUAAGCGUCCGGGUUAGAGUCCCGCUCCUUGAAAGCUGCAGCUCUACCCUUUAGCUCAGAGUGGAUGUUUCCUGUAAUCCAUGGCUUCUGGUUGGGGUAUGUACGUACGGUCACUGUGGGGACGACGUCAUCGAUGCACUUAUUGAUGAAGCCAGUGACUGAUGUGGUGUACUCCUCAAUGCUAUCUGAAGAAUCCCGGAACAUGUUCCAGUCUGUGCUAGCAAAACAGUCCUGUAGCUUAGCAUCUGUGUCAUCUGACCACUUUUUUAUUAACCGAGUCACUGGUGUUUCCUGCUUUAGUUUUUGCUUAUAAGCAGGAAUCAGGAGGAUAGAGUUAUGGUCAGAUUUGCCAAAUGGAGGGGGAGAGCUUUGUAUGCGUCUCUGUGUGGAGUAAAGGUGGUCUAGAGUUUUUUUUCCUCUGGUUGCACAUUUAACAUGCUGGUAGAAAUUAGGUAGAACGGAUUUAAGUUUCCCUGCAUUAAAGUCCCCGGCCAAGUUGCCCCCAUCCCUCCUGCUAAUUGGGCAACAUUUGUUAAUUUGUUAUGUCUGAGUGAGGGAAAUGCUGUAAAUUAAGAGGACUCGAUGUAUUUUGAAAGAUGAGACGUUGAGGAUUAUAAUAAAUACUGCUUUGAUGUCGUACAAGCAAGCCAAACACCUGUGAGUCCAAAUGUGCACUUCAAAUUCCUAUAUCAUAAAUCUCAUGUCAUAUACAGUGUCAACAUUUAUGAUCACUAUGUUUGAUGUACAGUUACAAGAUGACAUGGCAUCAUACCCUGUGUUGUCCUGAACAGAAGGAGCCUAUGUUUGUCUAGUGUGAAGAAAAUUCACCACGGCACACACACCUGAAUGCACUCAUGACUCCUUUCUUUGCCCACCAAAAUUAUGAUCUGUUUCCCUGAAUUGCCUUGUGAAAGCCUAACACUGUAAGAUCCUAUUUUACAACUUUGCUAGUCAUUUCAAAUGAUGCCCAUCUGACCCAGAUGAUUUAUAAUGGACUUUUGGGGGAUUGCGUAAACAACAACAGUAAUUGUGUGAUGGCGGGGAUGCAGGGUUGUGUUCCAAAUAAAACAACUACAAGUGCGCUUGCUCUAGUUCCUCAACGGCACAGCUAGGAGAGCUCAAAAAAGCACCUUAUAGUUGAAGACUCUUUUUUGAGUCAUAAAAGUGCAUUGAAAUUACUUAGGAACUGUGCAUACUUUGGAGAGGUGUGUGGCCACUUAGAGACACCAGUUAGUCCUCUCACUCAAACCCUUGUAAUUGUUCUGUCUUAUGUUGCACCUACCCCACAUUUUCCAGGAAUAUUCUAAUCAUGUUACUGAAUGUAUCCAGAGUAUUUUCAGAUUUCGUUAUCAUACAAAUGCAGCGAAAAGUGCAGUAUAUGUAAAAUGCACCAAUAAUCAACAAUGCAAUGUUUAGAUUCAGUCUUAUGUCAGUUGAACUGUUGUGUCCUCAACUUUGGUCUAAUCAUUUUCCAAUAAUCUCCAAACUGUUCCCUUUCAAUUGCUACCAUGCUUAUGCAUUUCAUAGAAACUUAAGAAUUUUGCCUCCUUACCUUUGGUCUAACAAUUUCCCCAUAUUAUAAUAUAAUAAUUUUCCCAUCUCAAUUGGGUAUGCAUAUGCUUUUCAUAUUUCUUCUGUUAGAAACAUUUCAAUUUACCCCUAUCCGUAUAGACCAAUUUCCACGAGUGUAAAUGGUUAAUACUGAUGCAUGACUCAUAAAGAACAUGACGUAGCCAUAAUUAUUAAUUUCAAAGUAACUUUCGUGGAUGUUUCAUGCAUAUUGAACUUGAUAAUGAUGAAUGUCAUGAGAGAUAGCAGAGACAAGGGACCAAUCUCAUAGAGGUGUAACCUACGGACUUAACAAACUUGUCAUUAGUCACCCAAAGCGCUUCCUCCUUUCCUGUGGAAAGAGACAUUUCCGCUUCUUAUUUGAUUUGUCCAGAUCAAUGAUUGGGAUUAUCUAGUUUUUUUAUGCACUUUGUGCCGCAAAGAGAUUGUCUGUUAACUAAUGUGGAGAUUACCAUCAAUCUCUGAACCAAAGGCCAUUCAUGUCCUCCCCAAUUUGCCUGGGCUUGGAGAUAACUGGGAAUCUUUGAUGAGCCUUCCACUUCCCUGACACACACCUCGACAUCCGAAGACACCCAUUUCCACCCAUAUCCUCCAUUUUAGUCAUUUAGCAGACGCUCUUAUCCAGAGCGACAUACAGUUAGUGAGUGCAUACAUGCAUUUUUUACUUUUUCAUACUGUCAUUCCCUGUGGGAAUCGAACCCACAACCCAUAACUGGGCCAAUUGUGCGCCACCCCAUGGGUCUCCCGGUCGCGGCCGGCUACGACAGAGCCUGGAUUCGAACCAGGAUCUCUAGUGGCACAGCUAGCACUGCGAUGCAGUGCCUUAGACCACUGUGCCACUCGGGAGGUUCCUCCCUCAGGGAACAGUAUUCUUGUGGUCGCCCAGGUGUCGAUGGGUGAUGCUAUUCAUUUCCUCUGCAAAUAUUAGCUUAAGUCAUCAGAAAGAGUUUUGCACCGUUUCAAGAACAUCUGUAUUUCAUUUUGUUAUAACGUCAAUGCUCAGUGUAUAGCCAAUAACUCCAGUAUAAAAGUAUAACCCCCGACAGUUGGAGCUUUUGUACUGUACAUAUUUCUUGCAGUUCUAUCUGAUGGCUUGUGAGGAUAUGACCAAAAGUAGUGCCUUAUGAGAAAAAUUGAGUGCCAUUUCAGACACAGCCCAGAACAUAGCCAUUUUCUCUGUGUUGGUGAUGCUGGCUGUAUUACAAUGUUCUGGUCAGUGUUCUGGUCUAUGAUCACAGGUCUGUGUGAAGGGUCAUUCUCUCUGUGUUGCAGUAUCUUGGUCUUGGCUUAGAAUCCCUGGAGUCCUCCAGCGUCUGGGAUUCACCUACUUCAUACUGUCUCUGAUGCAGUCUUUCUGGGGCAUGGGAGAGAUCCCACUGAGCGGGGUGAGACACUGACUUUGUCAAGUUUGUUUUCAUCAGUAAUUACACUCUGGAAAGCAACCUUAUAAGACCAUAGAAAGUGUAAUUGGUUGCUAAGCGCAGGUUUUUGCAUUAUGUAACACCUGGCAAACUAGGGGGCUAUUACAUAAAAUGACAUCCUGCCGACUACGCCACGUUUAACGUUGCAAUUACAUUAAUUUUGCUUGAUCUAACUAUAGGAUCGCUGGUGGGACCCUGUCCAGGAUGUGGUCUUGUAUUGGCCAGAGUGGAUCUUCAUUAUUCUCCUUGAGACAUUAUGGCUGUGUCUCACCUUCCUACUGCCUGUGCCUAACUGCCCCACGUAAGUCAAAUCUGCCUGAACACACAAUCUCAACAGGUUUUUCAGUUUAUCAUGUGAUUAUCAUUAUAAAGAUCUUGAUAGAUUACUAUGUGAUGUAUCAAAUCCAAUAAACAAUGAUAUUCUCUAUACAAUGAUAUUCUCUAUACAAAUCCAUGGGAUUUGAAUGGGUGACUGUCCUAAUAUGGACACCGUAUAAAUAAUAAUAAGCCAAGAAGUGAUGACAAUGAAUACAAUUAUUUUCUAUAUUUAUACAUGCUGUGGUGAUGUGAUAUUUGGGCCAGUAAACUGGGGUGAUGCUGUGGCUGUGGCUGUGGCUGUGGCUGUGGCUGUGGCUGUGGCUGUGGCUGUGGCUGUGGCCGUGGUGUGCACUGUGUAGCAUGUGUUGUGCUCGCUAGCUGGUGUUAUGAGCCACUGUGAUUUAUGGGUCUGCGGUUGACGCUUCAGAGGGCAUAAUUAGCCAAUCUCAGUCUGUCAUGCGCAAUAAGACAGGCCGAGGCAGAGGAUCCAUCUUCCUCUCUCUCCCUCCUCUCUGUCUGUCCUCUCUGUGCUCCACUCCUAUUCCUCCUUUUCAGUUUUUUCUGUCCUCCUCUCUCCUGUUCUUGACCCUGCCUGGCAUUGUUGUGCCUCCCAAGGCAGCUGAGUAUGUUUGAUUAAAUGUUGAUUGUCAGAGUGAAUGAAAAGCAUUUUUACUAUUGUCCUUUCUCAUCAACAUAAACUGUACAAUAUGUGUGUUGUUAUUAGAUGUAGAUGUGGCAGUAGAAGUCUAAUCUAACAUUUUUGCAUCCAAUAGAGGUUAUUUGGGGGCUGGUGGGAUUGGGGAUAAUGGCCUAUAUCCCAACUGUACUGGGGGAGCAGCCGGGUACAUUGACAAGUGGUUAUUGGGUGAUAACAUCUACCAUUGGCCAACGUGCAAGGUAAGGAGCAUUACAGUUUUCUCUCUUCCAUUUGUGAUAUAGUAUUUAACAUUUGAACACUUUUUAUUCCAGCAAAGGAUAAAAAUAUAAACUAAAGGCAGGGAAUCUAACGACAAGCACAUUGUUACAAAACAAAUACAACAAAUUAUCUUUACAUUAACCUGCUCCAUAGGAAAUGGCUUGUUAGUUCUUCUCAUGUUGUGUUUUUCAGGCCAUGUAUCGUACUACCCAGCCCUUUGACCCAGAGGGGGUUCUGGGUACUAUCAACUCCAUUGUCAUGGGAUUCAUGGGGAUGCAAGUAAGCAGAGCUCAAGUUUAUGACCCAAUAAUUUUGUACCGUUUUUACCAGAUCUGUACCUCAGUCGUAACUUUUAAAAAGGCCAAAGGUUUAAGUCCUUCUUAUGUGUGUUUUCACGAUAUUUCAAAACUUGAAUAACAAAGGUCAUUCAUGUAAGUUGCAGUAUGGAUAUCAUGUCAACUCAAACUCAUAAACAAACUUAAUUUCAGCAUUUUAUUUCAUUUCAGUUUUUCAUUUCAAUCUUUCAAUUAUUUUCAGUUUUUAAUGAUUUGUCCAUGCAUCAUGACACUAAGGUUGAGUCAGUAGUCUACUAAAAUGGAGGUUGUCUAAGGGACAUUUUUCCGCCUCAUGUCUGCACAGCUGCUCUCCUGUUAUUGACACAGAAUGUCGUCCGAAGGUGAGGACAGAGUUUUGGGGUCUUUAGGGUGGGAGCCUUUAAAACAACUCAUGCACUUUGAUGGCGACAGCGUUGCGUUCAACCGUUUUCUUAGUGGGAAGUUGCCAUGCGAAAGCAGCCGCAUAGCUCAAUUCCCUGUGGGCGGUUGGUGCUGAGCCCUUCAGUCAGCGAGUCUUAGACGACACGCCAGGUGUCCACUCCCCUCGUCUGUGUUUGCCCAUGCUAAUGUCCUCAGCUGAGACAUAUUCAUCAUCACCAAAUUAAUCAGAGAGCGCCGGUGACUUACACGUCACAUCUGGCACCAAAGGGAUAUGAGAAAUAUGACCGCCACACCAGGGGCACACAGCACCCACAUCCACUAUAUGGGCCAAUUUAGUUCACCGACUACAUCUAACCUGUUUAUAUAAUUUUCUCCUUCAAAGGAUCAGUCAUGAUUAAAUGACAUGUAUACCCAGCCUGCUUAGCAGUGUCCUUUCUUUCCACAGGCGGGAAAAAUUCUACUUUUUUACAGGAAAAAGGAUGUCAGCAUCCUCUCCCGAUUCCUAGUAUGGGCCAUCCUCCUGGUAUGUACUGUAAAGCCUCCCACAUCUGUUCAGAAAUAUUACUGGCAUGUUUUAGUCUCUUUCUGCAUUACUUUGUGAUAAGUCAACACCACAGCCCAUGAUAGAUGUAAUAAUUUCCUUUAAAAUAAAAAUACCUGUGAUGAGUGUGAUGGAAGGAGUCAGGCGCAGGAGGGUAAUCACCAAAUACAGAGUUGAUUCCUUCGUUACACUAAAUACGCUGGAAUAGCGACAAACGAAACAGGCACAGGGGAAACUAUCUACCCUGGCAAUACACUGUAACGGUAUCUCCAACAAUACAUAGGCACAGGGGAAAUAUCUACCCUGGCAACAAAAUGGUACGAGUUGCUCCACCGAGCUACACUACUCUCACAAAUAACAAUCACCCACAAGGACAAGGGGGCAGAGGGAACACUUAUACACGGACUAAUGAGGGGAUUAGAACCAGGUGUGUGUGGUUGACAAGACAAGACAAAUGUGAUGAUAAUUGGGGCGGCAGUGGUUAGUAAGCCGGUGACGACAAACGCAGAAGCCUGCCCGAACAAGGAGGGGAGGUAGCCUCAGCGGAAGUCGUGACAAUACCAAAGACCAAACAAGACUAAAGCUAAUGCCUCUCCCGUGCAGUCUAUUGGUGGUUAUAUUUUUAUUUUAUAAGGGAAGCCACAUGACGAUGUGGCACUAUAAAGAAAUAUAAGCCAUUUGGCGUUUAACUUUUUAGUCACUAGUUAGUCGUAGCUGCAUAACAGCUCAUUAGCAGUCUGUCUGUAGUAGGUAUGGGAUCUCUGUGUAUGUUAAAACAACACAACCAUGUAUGGCUGUCUGUUUCUUGGCGGACAUAAGUAUCUUCUGUCCCAGGGGAUAGUCUCUGUCUCUCAUUGCUUGUGUGUCUCUCGUGUGGUUUCAGAACGUACAAAUCCUGCAUAUUAGUUACAUUGAGCUCCGACAUCAUGGCAAAGAUCUCAUGUUCUCCUCUUUAUUUACUAUGCUCUGCUGAAGUGUAUGAUUGUACCCUACCCUAAGAUUCAAUUCACAGUAGCAGAUGCUGGUUUUAUGCUACAGUAUAAACCAGUAUUCCUCACUACAGGUACUCAACAACUGUAGUGAGGAGACUUUUGUCCCAGUCUAACCAUAAUAUUGUUAGCUAACAUCUGAUUAGAAACCAAUCAUCAAGACCAAGAUAAGCUGAAUCUAUUGUUUGAGUGCUGAGCUGGAACAAAUGCCUAUACACUCUGGUCCUCCAGAACCAGAAGUGAAGUACACCAGUGGUAUUGAUGUAAAGAUAAGUCAUUAUGAAAUAACUGUGAUUCUUACAUAGAUUGACGGGUAAUGUUAUUGUGUUGGUGGGAUAGUGCUCUGUGUGGGUGGUCUCAAAACAGAAAGGGAUACAAGCUGGCCACUAUUUCAUUUGGGGAGACUCUAUCCCGUGGGGAAAAGGUAAGUGUCGUGAAAUGUAGACCACUCUUUUCAUCUGUUUGCCAACAAAGGGAAGACCCUCCACUCAAACGAGAUUGACAAAUCCCAUGUAGUGAUUUUAUUUUAGCCUAAUCAUGUGGACUAUGUUAAUUAUGGCAGAGUUACAUGGCAUUGGCUGUAGUGAGAGGUUCCAUGUUACGGUGGAAGGGAAGGGGUCUUGAGUUCCAGGACCCGGUGACCAGGGGUGGUGAUGGAGAGGUUUUAGCUGGAUCAGAAACCCUUUGAAGUCUCACUACAGCAAGGAAAAACAAGGAACCAAACAGACUGGGAAUGUCUUGAGGCCGCUUUAAAAACUGUAAAAUGGAGGAUGAAUUUUGCCUUGUUAUAGAGUUUUAUUAAGUCUUAUUCUAAAUAUUAAAAUUUGCGUAGGUUUGAGUUUCCAUUAUAUCAUAAAUUAAUUAUCCUUUGAUGUAGAUAGUUAAACUUGAUGUAAUAGAUUAUGUUAACAUGAAGCAAUUAUUUAGAUAAUUAUCUAGAACAAAAGAGACUCCAAUUUCGGUACAAUCAUACCUUUUAAAAGCAGAUUGUAUAAUGGGAUUCAGAUGCAUCGCCCUAUAAAAAGGGGAAUGUAUUCGUGUGUUCUGUGAACCAGUACAACAUCAUCGGAGGCCCCAUCAGGGGCAUUUAAAUGUUAUUAUCUUCAGCUCCUAUGACAAAUCUGUCCAUUAUGUUUCUUGGGUUGAAUCUUAUUGACUGUUAUUAUAGGGGGCGAGUAGCUUGGGGGAGCCAAAAUAAAUUAGAUCCAUUUUGUACUUCCCAGAGGCGCAGGGUGAUAAAGUAAGCCACCUUUAUGUAAAAUCAUUACCAGCCUAUGUUUGUUCUAUUUUUAUAUUUCUUUCACACAAUUUACCAGUUAGUACUAGCAGCCAUGACAAUAUUACAAUACUCUGUACUGUAUGUUAUUGUUAUGUUGGAGAUGUCCUAUAGAAUAGGCAGAUAUAGAAUAGGUUGUCUUCAAAAGGUGUUUGCAGAAAUACAGAUUCAAAAAGGACACUGCCAAUGGAAUUUUGGCAGUGUUGGCAGCACAGCAUCGAUCUGUUUCCUCAUGUCAGAGAAGCUGAGGGUGUAACGCUUUUUCUGUAGAGGUGUCUUUUUCCGCCUUCAUUUUCUCUGAGUAUCUCUGAGAUGCAAACAUGCUACAAACUAAGUCAUUGCAUUUUGGUUUUGAUUUGAUGAUGAACUUUUUAUUGGAAUUAUAGCCCAUUUUACUUACAGAAACAUGGAACAGUGUUCCGUGUCUUUCCACACAUUGAUGGUGAAAAGAGUCAGACUGAUUGACCAGCUCUUAUUAUUGACUUGUCUGAUAAGAUGUGACCUUCUAGGAGAGGUUUGAAGCUGUACUUCAGCAGCCUCUUGUAUCAGAAAUGUGCUCUUGACAUUAGUAGUUAGCCCUGCCUGAUAAGGAGCUAAUUGAUGCAGCCAGCCAACCACAGAUACUCACACACCAGAGACAGCUUUCUACACAGAAUCCACUUCAGGCAGACCAGGGACAGUAUUAUACACAGAUAACACAGUUGGCAGGUCGAAACGUCACUUUUUAACCUUAAAGUGUAAUAAACUCCUCCACUUUUCUUUGUGAGCGAGAAUUUAGCCUACAGACAGUUCACCACUAGGAGGGACAUACAGGAUGUUUCAGUAGUGUUGUUGUGGCAUGAAUUCUCUGGCUGACUGACGGUGCCUUGAUAUUCCGGGGCGGCCAUGCUUCCUCAUCCCAAUAAACAGCAGCCAGAGUUAAUUAAAGCUCAACGAUCUGGGCUGGGGAGUGAGAGAUUGAAAUUGAGCGAUUGCCCCACAUACCAGCCCCGUCCCUAUUUCUGCCUGCCUGCAUAGCCUGGAGACUCAAUCUAGCCACAGCCAGGCUAUUUCCACACCAUUGAUUCUGUCAUCUAUACAAAUGAUGGAUAGCCACCGAACAAGCAUGUUUAGGUUUGGAUCUACAGGGUUUCUUAAAGGAAUGCACAAGCACAACUCAAAAAUUGAAAUAAAGCUAAAUUAUUUCUUAUAGGUAAAUAAAUAUAUGAUGCAAUAAAGGUGUUUAUUGAUAUUUGAUAUGCAGUAGAUAUGCCAUUUGUUUAUAAGAAUUGGUAGAUAGAAGCAUUAUUAUUCUAGGGUACAAGUGGAUUCACUACGAGCUGGGAGAGAUCCAACUAUGGUAGGGGUGGAUUUAAACCAGUUGGUUUGCAGUUCUUUCGUGAGGGACCUUGUUGAUCUGAGGCUCAGAUAAUCAAUGAAUCUGCCUCACUCACUCGAUUCUGUUGGCCCACGUUUUAGCAGACCCAAUACUGCUUGCUUUAUCGCCCGCAUCGAUUUGAAAUCUGUUUCGUUUCCACCCUCAGGGAAUCUCCACAGCCAUCCUUUCUAAGUGCACGCGAGACGAAGGAUUUAUACCUGUCAAUAAAAACCUUUGGUAAGUGAUUCCUGACCCUCUAAAUCCAGUCACUUUUCCCUCACAAAAGAGAGGAUGAGUUUCCAGCAGGCACAAAUCACGGCCUGCUAAAACACGCGUUUACUUGCCUUUAACGACAGAUACGACUGUAAAUAAUCACCCCGGCUGUCAGAGAGUGUGAGGCAAGCCGGGCGAUACAUCCUCCAACAAGAUCACUCUUCUUUACAGCCAGAAGGAAAACAGUCUGUUUUAUACUCCCUCCCUACCCCACCAUCAUGGCAGGAAAACUGUCCCCUAGCCAGCUCUCAGUAAAAGGUUCUACCUGGAACCACAAAGGGUUUUCCUACAAGGACAGCUGAAAAACCCUUUAUGGUUCUAGAUAGCCCCUCCGUUUCUAAAAGUGUAGAGGGUCAAUAUGGAGUUCAGGGGACAGUAUUACUAUGGGAAAUUCACAACUCACACAGUACUCACUGUAUUCCCACAGAGUAUAAAAAGGAUAGGAAUUCAAUGUCUAGACUUUCCUGGAUGCACAAAUAUUUGAUGAACAUUUCAAUCACGGUAAUGAUUUUGCAUGAAAUAUAGUAUGAUUACAGCCAUAUAUGUUAUAGCUGACGUAUUUCUUCCACGCUCACACUGCAUGUAAAAUUAAUAUGAAUCAUUUUAAUGUCAUGUCAGACAGAGUACCAUUUCAUCUAUGAUAUGUAAGCAGAAUCUCCCAUGAUUCUCCCACAUGAGCGUCUUCUCUAUAGCCAUGCUCAUUCAUAGCCAUUAUACCUGCCCUGGUUUUAUAGGCAGUUCAUCAUGCGCAGGUUUUUGAGCUCUUGAGUAUGAGUCCCAGCCUUAGAGUCUUUUUUGGACCGCCUUCAGAUUAGAUAAAAGAUGCCUGCUGCUGCAAGGAUCUGGGAUGUGGCCAUUUUACAUGAGAUGAUAUUACAUCAAACAUUCUUGCACUUUGGAACAGACAGGGACAUGACUCGCCGACAUGGCUCCAUGGCUCCAUGAGCCAAGGAUCCACUAACUGACGCUAAUACAUCAUACUAGACUACCAUACUGUACUGGACUGUAGCUUAGCAUCAGCAGCAAACUCUAUUAUGCAUUUAUAUGGCUGCUUUGUUGUUCACACUUUGUACUGGUCAUCCAAACUCUUGACCACAAGUGCCAAGCUUCCCCAUGGAAAAGUGUACACAUAGUACACUCCUCAUACAGGUAUACAAUACAGAACAGUGUACGCAUAAUAGAGCGCAUUUUAGUUAGAAUAACUAUCUAUUUGUACACUAUGCAACAUACAGUAGAUAGAUACAGGUGCAACUUUUAUAACUCUAUUGCUUGUACAAUAAAGUGUAUUUGUGUUGUGCAUUCAUGUACUGUAGGUCUCUGUCGUAUAUCACCUGCAUGGGCUGUUUCUCUUUCCUCCUGCUGGGAGUCAUGUAUUUCAUCAUGGACGUUAAGGCCUGGUGGGGCGGGCAACCCUUCAUUUACCCAGGUAAGUACACAAAGAUAAUGGCACAGGGGUCCAUUGUUAAGACAUUAAGAAACAAGUCAAUGUGUUACAAUCCAGCGGGCAAAACUGGUCAAAACUGGUUGAAAUGAUGUCAUCAUAAUGAUGUUAUUUCAACCAGUUUGUGGUUGUGAUUACGUCAUUUCAAACAGUUUUUCCUGCUGGAAAUGGAUGACAACCUUCCUAAUGGGAAUAAGUUACUGAAAGGAUCCAAGAUUCAUGCAAGCACUUUUGAUAACCAUUACUUUGUUUUUGGAUACCUUGACUUCCUGUCUCUGUGGUGGUCUGCAGGGAUGAACUCCAUCUUUGUGUACGUGGGCCACUCUCUCCUGGGGUCCUACUUCCCCUUCAGCUGGGAGAUGCGCUUCGUGGACAGCCACUGGGAGAAGCUGUUCCAGAGCCUGUGGGCCACCUCCCUCUGGGUCCUCAUCGCUUACCUGUUAUACAGGAAGAAGUUCUUUCUCAAAAUCUAAUAGCGCUACAAUCCAACUCCUUUCAUUCACUGUCUGCUUUCAUUCUGAGCCAUUGUUGUGAGAAUUAUUGCAAAUGCUUGAUUUUAUUGUUUUACUGUAAAGUGUGUUGUGAUUUUAAAUGCACUUGAAAUAAAGUUUGUUUUGAUUUGAUAUGAAAGU